AGUAUUUCUCUAAACAAGAAAGAAAAUGGAUCUCUUAUUUAGCUUUAUACUGUGGCUUCUCUUCACAUGGGUUUCAAUAUUAGCCUUCAACUCCAUUUUCAGAGGAAGCAAUCCAACUUCCAGAAAGCUUCCUCCCGGACCGACAAAAUUUCCGAUCAUCGGGAACCUCUUAGCUCUUGGUGAAAAACCUCACAGGUCUUUAGCCAAGCUCGCCAAGAUUUAUGGCUCCAUAAUGAGUCUUAAACUUGGCCAGGUGACCACCAUAGUCAUUUCUUCCGAAUCCAUGGCCAAACAAGUUCUUCAAAUCCACGAUUCAUCUUUCUGUAAUCGAUCCGUCCCCGACGCCCUCCUCGCCCACCGGCAUGAUGACUUCAGCAUGGCUUGGCUACCAGCCUCCACUGAGUGGAGAACUCUCAGGAAAAUCAGCAACUCGAAUAUUUUCACUACUCAAAAACUGGAUGCUAAUCAAGACCUCCGGCGCAAGAAAGUCCUACAACUCAUUUCUUAUGUUCAAGAAAGUUGCGAUGCCAGUAGAGCCAUAGAUAUUGGCCGAGCAGCUUUCACUGCUACUCUUAAUUUGAUAUCAAACACUAUAUUCUCCGUUGAUUUGGCUGAUCCCAAAUCAGAGUUUUCCAGAGAGUUUCGGGAGCUCGUGUGGAGUAUUAUGGUGGAAGCUGGAAAGCCUAACGUGGCCGAUUAUUUUCCUGUGCUUAAAAAAAUUGACCCCCAAGGGAUAAGGCGCCGCCUGACGAUUCAUUUUGGGAAGAUGUUGGACCUCUUUGAUCGCAUGAUCGAUCAACGCUUGAAGCUGAGAGAAGAGCCUGGUUAUGUUAAAACCAAUGACAUGCUGGAAAUUCUACUCAACAUUAUGGAAGACAAAACUGAAGCUAUCGACAGAAAUUAUAUCAAACACUUAUUUUUGGAUUUAUUUGCUGCCGGUACUGACACAACUUCCAGCACACUGGAAUGGGCAAUGGCGGAACUCCUCCAUAAUCCUGAAGCUUUAUCAAAAGCCCGAUUGGAGCUGGAGCAAACCAUAGGCAAAGGGAACCUAGUUGAGGAAUCAAACAUCACUCAGUUACCUUACUUACAAGCAAUCAUCAAAGAAACUUUCAGAUUGCAUCCUCCAGUUCCCUUUUUACUUCCCCGCAAACCCUCGACAGACAUGGAAAUCAACGGCUUCACAAUCCCGAAGCACUCACAAAUUCUAGUCAACGCAUGGGCGAUUGGCAGAGACGCAAACACAUGGAACAACCCCAACACUUUUCUCCCCGAAAGAUUCUUGGGGUCGGAUGUUGAUGUGAAAGGCAGAAACUUCGAGCUCAUUCCGUUUGGUGGGGGGCGGCGAAUCUGCCCCGGUUUGCCACUGGCGACGAGAAUGAUGCAUUUGAUGUUGGGUUCGCUUCUUCACGGCUUUGAUUGGAAGCUUGAAGAUGGCGUUACGCCUGAGAAGAUGGACAUGGAAGACAAGUUCGGCAUCACUGUACAGAAAGCGCAGCCGCUUCUUGCUGUCCCAGUUGCGUGGGAAUAGAACAAGUUUGACUUGUCAGCGUGUGAAUUAUCUUUAUAUUUUUAAUGUUUAAUAAAGUGAUUUCAAAACUUCUUGAUUUGGAAUACAAUCCCAUAAAUGGUACAACAGUGAUGCUAAUCCCACUUAAAUGAGGAUAUUUUGACAAAGAGUAGAUCUUUUGGCACUCCGUAAACUCCUUGAAGAUGGCGUUACGCUUGAGAGGAUGGACAUGGAAGACAAGUUCGGCAUCACAGUACAGAAAACGCAGCCGCUUCGUGCUGUCCCAGUUGCGUGCAAAUAUAAUAAGUUUGCCUUGUGAGUGUAUGAAUUAUCUUUAUAUUUUUAAUGUUUAAUAAAGUGAUUUCAAAUCCCAUAAAGGGUACAUCAACGAUGCUGAUCAGCUGAUUUGGAAGAAAAUUCCAUAUUUGUUACAUCAGUGAUGCUAAUCAGCCUCCCCACUUAAAUUUAAAUGUCCCUUUCAGAAU